AGGUUGUCUUUAGCAAAUGUUUUCCCUUGGGUUUAUUAGCUAGAGCUGUCACAUUUAAAGAGACCUUCUCUACUUUUUACGCUAUUAGUUCUCAUGAAGGAGAACCAGAGGAGGUAACAGGGGAACAUUCAGCAGAGUGAAACAUAAACUUUGCCUCAACGUCAGGAUGUCUGCCCCUGUCUCGGGUAGGAAGACCCCCGUGGACUAUGGCGUUCAGAUUCGUUUUAUAAAUGACCUGCAGGACACUGGAGGGGGAGUGAGUGGGCAGCCUCGGAAAGAGCUGUCAAAAAAACCUCCAAAAAAGCCACAGUCUCGCUAUGGAGUGGCAGUGAGGGUGCAGGGCAUCGGUGGGCAGCCCUACGUUGUACUGAAAGAGGGAGAAAAAGGAGAUUCAUAUGGAGUUCAGCUGAGAACCCAACCACCUCCCUACAGCAGCCUGCCUAGGAGGAGAGAGGAUGGGGUAAUCCAGGGGCCAUAUUUCUCAUCUGGAGACAACACCCCCUUGCGUCGGGCUCAGUCUCAUGGCUCACUGUUGGAUAGAGAAAACAUCAGCGAAGGCUUCACAGAUGAACUGCGACGUCCGCUAGGAGAUGGACGCUCCGGUAGCUAUGGUAACCUUGAUGGAGGUAUUGGUAUAGGGGCAGACAGGGAGCUGCCUAGAGAAAGGAUGGAGAGAAAUCAGUGGGGUGGAUCCUACCAGACAGGGCUGAAUGGCACUUUGGCAAGAGGGAGAGCAGGAGGCAGUCACUACACCUCAUCGGAAUCAGUCGAAUUAUCUCCAUACAACCAGCACACUAACAGCCAAUCAGCUCCCAACUCCAUCCGUCAGACGCCUGCCCACAGACUGGCGGGUAACACCGGGACCAACGCCAAGGGACGCUAUCCCAUCCCAAACAAAGACGACAGACCCACCUCAACUUCUCCAUUACCUGCUACAUCUAUCAUCCUAAACACAUACUCUUCACCGCAGUCUUCUUCACCUGCUUCUGCCUACAGCAGCCUGGGCCGUGGAUCAAGUUCUGUUGCCAAGGUUACGGCUGUCUCUUCAUCUGCUUCAGUUGAUGGACAUGUAACUCCUGACCUUUUGAUGGACCAGGGUCAAAGUUCAGGUUCAGAGUUCUCAACUGAAGAUCACAUACAGCAGAUAAUCUACGAUGUUCUACGUCAGGGGAGUACAGAGGGAGAUGCUGUCAUUAAGCACAGAGCUCGAGUCAUCUGUAAUAAAAUUCAAGGACUGAAGGUGAACAGAUCUGAUGACUCCUUGAAAGAGGAGCUUGAGAAAUGUCUGGAUGAAAAUGUACAGCUGCAGGAACAGUUGGGACGAAAGAAUACAGAGCUGCACCAAACGCACUCCGAGCUAACUCAGUUACGAAUGGACAGAGAGAAUGCAGAAUCUCAUGUUAGAGAGCUGGAGGAUCAGCUGGCGGGACUUCAGGAGGAGCUGAGGAGAGAGACAGACAACAAAGCUCAGGCUGACACUAUGCACAUGGAGUUGAUGGCGGUGAGAGGUGAGUUGGCCGAAGCUGCAGCGCUGUGUCAGAAGCAGGAAGACAUCGUGAGGCAGAGAGAGAGGGAGCUAACUGCUCUGAAGGGGGCACUGAAAGAUGAGGUCUCCACACAUGACAAGGAGAUAGAGGCUCUCAGAGAACAGUACAGCCAUGACAUGGAGCGACUACGAGCAAGCAUGGACCAGGUUUCACAGUCUCAGGCAAGUAUUGAGGCCGAACGUCACCGUGUGAACUCUACAGUAAGGUCUCUUCAGCAGCAACUGGAGGAGAGCAGAGAUGAGGGAAACCACUGGAGAGAGCAGUUUCAGUCCAGCAGAGAAGAGCUACGCAACACCAAACAAGAUUUACUCCAGGCUCGUAUGGAGAAAGAGGAGUCUGAGGAAGAGCUGAAAGAUCUACAGGAGAAAAUCAACAUGAUGAAACAGCAGAUACCAGAUCCCAAACAGACCCAGACAGUCAGCCAGGAACUUGAGCGUUGUCGUGCUGAUCUACACAAGGCCCAGGCAGAUAUGGAUAAAUUAAGAACAGAUCUCGACAAGAAGACAAUGGAAAUUGUGUUAUUAAAGAAGAGCAAACAGGAGCUUGAAGCAGAGCAGAAAUAUGAGAUUGACAGAUUAAGGGACCAGACACGCAGAGAUAAAGAAGAGCUGACUAAAGCUCACGAGAGGGCCAAACAGCUAGCAGAACCUUCAUUGGUGGAGGCCCUGCGCAAGGAGUUGAGUGACAUGCAAGAAGAGGUGGGCCGACUGCGCAGUCAGCUGCUCUCAACUGAAGAAGAGCUGCAGGCAGGGAGAGACAAACUCAGCUCUGCUCAGACCCAAGUAAACAAUCUGACACAUGAGCAGAAGGAACUUGAGGAAUCCAAUGCUCGUACAAAGGAGAGAAUCAUACGCUUGGAGUCUCAGCUGCAGGAGCGCACGUCUCAGAGUAUUGAGGCUGAACAGGAGCAGCAGGAGGAGACCAGAAAACUGAGACAGCAGCUGGAGGAGUCCAGGCGCGAGAGCUCCAGACUGGGCCUAGAGCGGGAUGAGCUGACUCGUAAUCUGGAAGAGAAGGAGAAGGACAGAGACGCUGUCCGCAAGGAGAAUGCACAGCUUGAAGACCAGAAGAGACAGCAGGAGAGAGCAGUUGACAAACUCAAUAAAGAGAUGGAGCGCUUGUCUGCAGCAUCCCGUGAGGAGAUUCGACUCCUGCAGGCUCAGCUGGAUGAACAGAAAGAGAAGUGGAGGAAAGAGCAGCAGGACUCGCAUAAAAACGCCAAAGAGAAGCUCAGUGAGCUGGAGAGAGCUCAGAGCACCAUCCGUUCCCUACAGGAAGAGAUGGCCCGUCAAAAAAAGGAGCUGUUCUCAAGUUAUGAGGAUCGAGAUAAUGCUUUACUAGAUAAAGAGAUGCUCACCAACCGCCUCAAACAUAUAGAGAGUGAGAUCGAGACACAGCGUACCACACAAAACGACCGGUCGCGUGAGAUCCGCAGCUUGGAGGACAAAAUCAAGCACCUGGAGCUCGAGUUAGACGAGGAAAAAAACACUGCAGAGAUGCUGACAGAACGAAUCACCAGGAGCCGAGAUCAGAUUGAACAGCUGCGUGCAGAGCUCAUGCAAGAACGAUCCUCCAAACAAGACCUGGAGCUGGACAAAAAUGCUCUUGAGAGACAGAUAAAGGAUUAUAAAUCUCGUGUAGCUGAGAUGGAGGGCCAGUCACGUUCCUCUACUGGUGUGUCUCAGCUGGAGAGCAAAAUCCAGGACCUCGAGGAACGACUGCGUGCAGAGGAGAGAGAGAAGAACUCUGUGCUGUCCUCUCAGAGGCGUUUGGAGAGGAAGCUAAAGGAGCUGAACAUCACCCUGGACGAGGAGAGACAUCAGCACACAGAGCAGAGAGACCAGCUGACUCUGCGUGUGAAGGCUCUGAAGAGGCAGGUGGAUGAAGGAGAAGCUGAGGCGGAGAGGUUGGAGGGAUUGAAGAGGAAGGCCGUCAGAGACAUGGAGGAGAUGCAGGAGCAGAAGGACGCGCUGCAGUCUAAAGUCACGGCACUAGAGAAUGAGCUCAAGAGGAAGAUCCAGCAGGCCCGACAGUCAGCUCUGGAGUCUUCAGUUCUCAGCUCUGAUGAUGAUGAUGAUGAUGAUGAUGGAUUGUAUGAUCACUCCAGCAUAACCUCCAUCCUCACCGAGAGCAACCUGCAGACCAGUUCCUGCUGAAGAGCACGAGGGGUUUCCUCUUCAUUGAUGCUUCAUUCCUGGACACACACUACCAUAAUUAUAAAUCAGAUUACAAUAUGGGAUUUAAGCAUCAAUAAAACUGGACAACAGCUUUUCACACACUUUAAGACACCUGACUUUUCACUGUCAGUGAGUCAAAUAGAUUUCAGACGUGACAUUUAUCUAGACAUCGGCUCCACCUUAGAGACUUUUUAUGAGAAAAGCCUUAAUGAUCCUUUUAGUGUGUAUAUAUGUGUAUAUAUAU